AAUAAAAAUGGUUAAAGCAAAGAAGAAAUCAUUAUCGGAAGUUUCCCAACAAAUACGUAAUCAACAAAAGAAGAAAUCUUUGAACCCAUUUGAAGUGCACGUAAAUAAGAACAAACAAAAUGUAUUGGGUAGAAAGAGCAAGACGGAUGAAGGUCUCCCAGGUGUAUCACGUGCAAAAGCCAUUAAGAAGCGAAAAGAAACGCUUCUUCAAGAGUACAAAUUAAAAAAUAAAGAUAAUUUAUUUUUAGACAGGCGUAUAGGUGAAAAGAAUUUAUCCCUGAACGAAGAAGAUAAAGCUUUGGCUAGAUUUGCAGUAGAACGUAUGAGAGCUCAUAAAAAAAAGAAUAUUUAUAACUUGAAUGAUGAUGAAGUAUUAACACAUAAGGGUCAGACUUUAGAGGAAAUUGAAAAAUUUGAUGACCCAAAAAGUGAUGAUGAAUAUAGCGAUGAUGAGAGUAGAAAUGGUAAACUGGAUAACAAGUUUGUUGGUGAAGCUCACUUUGGUGGUGGUAUUUUGUCCAAAUCAGGAUCUGAAAAGUCUAGGAAAGAUCUUAUAGAUGAGCUUAUAGCUGAAUCAAAAAAACGCAAAGCUGAGAAACAGAAAAUACGUGAACAAACUAUAGAUUUAACAGAAAAACUUGAUUCUGAGUGGAGGGAUCUCCUUCCAAUUGUUUCAGCAACUAAUAAGAAAGUUAAAGAAGAAACUACAGAGACAAAGGCUGAUGAUUACGAUAUUGCAGUACGUAAGUUGAAAUUUGAGGCUAAAGGUACACCAUCAGAUAGAUUAAAGUCUGAAGAAGAGAUUGUAAAAGAGGAAAAGGAAAAACUGGAAGCUUUAGAAGCAGACCGGUUGGCAAGAAUGAAAGGACUUGUAAAUAAUACAAGUAAUGAGAUUAAACACAAAUCUGCAGAUGAUCUUGAUGAUGGUUUUAUGCUAGAAACUAUAAAUGACCAAAUCCCAGCAGAUGAUGAUGGAGAAAAUUUAAUUGAAGAUGUACAAAGAGGUUCAAAUAAUGAAGAGAAUAUAAAUAUUCAGGGAGAUAAACAAUUAAAUACUACUGCAAUGAAUGACCUUAUUAAGAAAGAAAGGAAAAUAGAGGAAAAGAAUUCUGUCAAAAGGGAAUUAGCUGAAAGUUCUAACGAUGAAAUCUCAGAAUCUGAAAGUUCUGAAGAAGAUAACUUAUCGGAUUUGAAAGAGUCAGAAUCUUCUAGCGAAGAAGAAAAAGAGUUAAACAAAAGCAAUAUGAUAAUUGGUUCAAAAGGGAAAUCAAAAACUAGUGUUCUGAAGUUGGAUAGUGAAACUAGAGAGCAAGAAAUUAGAGAUGAUCUUUUAAAAAUGAAAAAUAUGGAAAGUGCAAGGAAGGAAUUACCUUACACUUAUAAAGUGCCAGAAAGUUUUGAAGAGUUACAAGAAUAUUUGCAAAAUUAUAAUGCUGAUUACCAGUCAAUUAUCGUAGAUCGUAUAAUUAAGUGUAAUCAUUGGUCACUGAAUAAUACAAAUAAAGAAAAGUUAUCAAAUUUAUUUUUGUUUUUAUUACAACAUGUAAAUGAUCAUGUUAUAGGAAAUGAUGUUGAAAGUAUAGUUAAAGGUUUCCAAAUUAUGGAUAGAUUAUCUCCUUUUUUAUACGAUCUUGCUCAUCUAAAUCCACAGAAUGCCAAAUCUGUUAUACAAGCAAUAAUCAAAGAAAAGCACAAUGAGUUUGAGAAAAAUAAGAAGAGACACCCUGACCUAGAUACACUUAUUUUCUUUAAAUUGGUUUCUUUGUUAUUUCCAACAUCCGAUUUCAGACAUCCUGUAAUUACUCCCUGUGCAAUAUUUAUGUCUGAAAUACUAUUUAGAUGUCGUAUUAAAAAUAAAAUAGAUAUUUCAAAGGGUCUUUUUAUAUGUACUCUUAUAUUAGAGUAUACAGUAUUAAGUAAACGAUUUGCUCCAUCUGUGUUAAAUUUCUUGCGCGGAAUAGUUUACAUAUCCACGCCUACACAUUUAAUACAAGGAAUAAAAAUAAUACCGCCCUUUAAAACAAACGGAAACUCGAGAAAUUUAUUAAUACUUGAUGAAGAUCAUGCUAAGUUUGAUAUUAAUCCAAGUAGUAUUUAUAUGAAAGCGUCCGAUCUGAUAGAUGGCCCCAUAGAUGAUGAUUUCAGAAUAAGAGCCUUAUUAAUAGCUGUAAAUUUAUUGUGUGAAUUUAAAAACCAUUUGGAAGAACUGGAAGCUGUGUAUUCGAUAUUUGAACCAAUUUUAAAAUUACUUAAAUCGAAUUCUUUUGACAAAUAUCCACCAAACAUGAGGAAACAUAUUAUGCAAUUACGAAAAGAUUUGGAAAAACUAAAGAAUAAAAAAUUAGAAUACAUUAUGGUUGAAAAGAAGAAACCAAAACCAUUAAGAUUAUACGAGCCACGAAUUGAAGCAGUAUAUGACGGUAAGAAACAUAAGACUAUGUCCAAGGAGAAAGCUGAAAGAGAAAAAUUGUUGCACAAGUAUAAAAAAGAAAUGAAAGGUGCUAUGCGUGAAAUACGAAGAGACAGAGCUUUCUUAACAAAGCUACAAAUAAAACAACAGAUUAAGAGCGAUGAAGAACGUAAACGCAAGGUGAAAGAAAUCUUCGGCGAAGCUUCAGUGCAACAGAGUGAAUUAAAGAAAUUAAAACGGAAGAAAUAAUAGUAAUAGAAUAAACCGCACAUUCUGGAGUCUGUAUAUAUUAUCUUUCUUAGACAAUAUUGAUAUUUUGAAUGAUUUUGUGCAAAUCGCUAUAUUAGCGUUUUUUUUAAGAUUAUUAUAUAUUAUAUUAAGAUUAUAAUUUCAUUAAUUGUAAUAAAUGUAAAUAAGCAUUUUCAUAAGAAAA